UACACUUCUCAACUUCUCAAUCUAAUCCAACAUGGCCUCUAAUUACAAAACUGCCCUUGCCCUCGCCCUCUCUGCGCUGCUGCUGCUGCUCCUCCCCUUGCUAACCGUAGGGGCACUCGUAGAGGAGCAGCCGCUGGUGCUCAAGUACCACAACGGCCCGCUCCUCAAGGGGCGCAUCACCGUUAAUCUAGUCUGGUACGGUUCCUUCACUCCCAUCCAACGCUCCAUAAUCAUCGACUUCAUAAGCUCGCUUAACUCCCCCAAAGAGGCGCUUCCCUCUGCCGCCACGUGGUGGAGAACCACCAAUAAUUACAAGGGGGGAUCCUCUACGCUCGUCCCAGGGAAACAGUAUCUGAACCCGGGUUACACGCUUGGGAAAAACCUCAAGGAUAGAGACCUCCUCGCGCUGGCGUCAAAGUUCAAAGACGUCAACUCGAUAACGCUCGUUCUAACGGCCAAAGACGUUACCGUUGAUAGAUUCUGCAUGAACCGCUGCGGGACCCACGGUUCCGUCCAAAACGUCAGAACCGGUUCACAAACCGCUUACGUUUGGGUCGGAAACUCCGAGGCCCAAUGCCCCGGGUAUUGCGCGUGGCCCUUCCACAAGCCCAUUUACGGCCCACAGACGCCGCCGUUAGUUGCGCCUAACGGCGACGUCGGUGUGGACGGAAUGAUCAUUAAUUUGGCGACGCUUCUGGCUGGCACCGUUACGAACCCGUUUAACAACGGUUAUUUCGAGGGUUCCCCGGAGGCGCCGGUGGAGGCGGGUUCGGCUUGCACGGGGGUGUUCGGGAGCGGGGCGUACCCGGGUUACCCGGGUCGGGUCCUUGUGGAUAAGGCUUCCGGGGCGAGCUACAAUGCGAACGGCGCCAACGGGAGGAGGUUCUUGGUGCCAGCGAUGUGGGACCCGCAGACUUCGACAUGCAAGACUCUCGUUUGAGGAGGAGUGUGUGGAUUUUUAAGCUGCUUUUGUCGUUUAGUGUGACGUGUAAAUUCUGCUGCUGGAGUAUAUAUAUAUAUAUAUAUAUAUAUAUAGAGAGAGAGAGGAAAUGCAAUGUUAUCAAUUUAUAUAAUAUAUAAAUAUGAAAGCCGUGGAAUAAGAUUACAAAAAAAAAAAGGAUAUCAUUAAUGUGAUUUAUAUUUUAUGUGUGGAGGUAGGUUUAUAAGUUUCUUUUAAAGAGAAAGAAAUGGGAGUGGGAUUUAUGUGAAUUAUUAGUGUUAUCUUUGGGGAAAGUGAGGUGGUUGGGGAAUGAAGCGGUGGUGGUCUUUUUUGUUUGUUUAUGGUAAAUAGGAAUAAAGGAGGGGUUUUUCUUGUGGUGUUGGGGGUCUGGGAGACCAUUAUGGCGAGGAAUCGGUCAUGAUGAUAUUUGGGAGGUGGGGUGAAUCUCACUAGGCAUAAAAGGCUAUAGGGGGUGUCAUUGUUUGGAUGGUUUUGCUGGGUCCACUCUUUCUGCAAUUAUAUUUCUGAUAAGCUUUAGAUUCUACCCUUCUGAUCAUGAGGAUUGGGAUGAGAUACCUCUUCUUUUGCCAUUAUCUUGUUAACAAAAAGUUGGAAGAUGGGUAGUUUUCCUUUGAUAUUGGCAAGGCCUUAGGCAGAAGACCCUGAUGGGUGGAGUGGAGUUACGUGCUAUGUCUCUUUCUGUUUCCCAUCCAUCCCAAGCAAUUUCUCAUUCAACAAAUGUCGUCAUUUUAAAACGGACUAAUGGAUGUGUAUGUUAAAUUAUUCAUGAAAGAAAAUUGAAUAUUGUGCAGUUAAAAUUUA